UGUUAACGCUUAUCUGUGCUAUCCCCCCCCCACACAUACAUAAUACACAGCGCGCGCGCGCCCGCCCGCCCGCGUCCUCGGUGCGGGAAUAUGCCUGCUCCCUAGUUUCCUCGGCUGGCAUAAUGACCGCAGUUCGGUGUGGCUGCGUGUUUGUGUUUGCAGAAGGCUAAGAACUUGCAUUCUCAGCGCUUGCCCAAGCCUUUCAAAGCUGUUCCCAUCAGAUCCUCUCGUAAUUGUGGUUAAUCAUCCUGACGAAUGUGCAGAAUUUGGCAACCAGUCGGAGCGCUGCAGGGGCUUUGAUCUUGGGCUGCGGAGGAAGUGCCAGGCGGGUUUGGCACAAUGACUUGUCAUACAGGGCCUUAGCAGCGUGGCAAAAGUUGGCUGUUUUUAAGUUGCCUUUCCCCUUCCUCCUCUUUCUUCACGUCUGGAAUAUCUGAGCUGGCUUCUCCUCCCUGGGUGUUCCUUUCCUGCUGCCACUUGCUGUGGAAGGGACCAGUCUACCAUGGCUGGGGACAAACUUCCACACAAAGUGAUGGAUCCCAAGAAGCUUGCCAGUCUCUUGAGAAGUGGGACCGAAGGAAUGUUGGUCAUUGACAGCCGCUCCUUUGUGGAGUACAACUCCUGGCAUGUUCUCAACUCUGUCAACAUUUGCUGUUCCAAGUUGGUCAAAAGAAGGCUUCAGCAAGACAAGGUAUCCAUCACAGAGCUCAUCCAGCCAGCCUCCAGUAUAAAGGUAGAGGCAGAGAAACACCAAGAUGUUGUGGUCUAUGAUCAGAGCACGAGGGAUGUAAAUGGGCUGGCAACCGAUAGUUUCCUAUCCAUUCUUCUGGGCAAGCUGGAUAGUUGCUUCCACAGUGUCUCCAUCCUCACAGGGGGCUUUGCCACCUUUUCGUCUUGUUUCCCAGGACUCUGUGAAGGAAAACCAACUGCCAUCCUGCCAAUGAGUAUCUCGCAGCCAUGCUUGCCAGUGGCCAAUGUUGGCCCAACACGCAUCUUGCCUCACCUCUAUCUAGGUUCCCAGAAAGAUGUCUUAAAUAAGGACCUGAUGACCCAGAAUGGGAUCAGCUAUGUUCUCAACGCCAGCAAUUCAUGUCCCAAACCAGAUUUCAUCUGUGACAGUCACUUCAUGCGCAUUCCAGUCAAUGACAAUUACUGUGAGAAACUGCUUCCUUGGCUGGAUAAAUCGAUUGAGUUCAUUGAUAAGGCCAAGGUUUCUAGCUGCCAGGUGAUUGUGCACUGCUUGGCAGGCAUUUCCCGAUCGGCCACCAUUGCCAUUGCAUACAUCAUGAAGACCAUGGGCAUGUCUUCAGAUGAUGCCUACAGGUUUGUCAAAGACAGACGUCCCUCCAUAUCACCCAAUUUCAACUUCUUAGGUCAACUCCUAGAGUAUGAGAGAAGUUUGAAGCUACUCAAGGCUUUGAAGGCCCAAGGAGAGAAAGGUGAAGGGGAACCCCAGCAAGAAUACUUUGAGACUUGCGAAGGUAAUAGACCCCAGACUCUGUUUAUCUCGGAAAAGUCUGAGGAGGUAUUAAAAAGCACAAUCUUGGAAACAUCCUCCAUUGACUCUGAACGAUCACUAGGAAUUUCAAAGGUUGUCUCACCAAUGGCAUUGCAGCAAGGACUCAAUGGGCUGCAUUUAUCUUCUGAGCGCAUCCAAGACACCAACCGACUAAAGCGUUCUUUUUCUCUGGACAUCAAGUCAGCCUACUGUCCUACUCAAAGGCAGGAGAUCCCAGUUCCUACAGAAGUAGGGGAAACUCCCAAGCUUUGUAAGUUGGACAGCCCUUCAGGUCCCAAUGGUACGUGUCAGUUCUCUCCUGUUCCAGAUGGUUCUGACUGGCCCAGUGGACCUGACUUCAUUCUAGAGGCCAAAGUACGACAACGACGGAAGCACAGGCACCAAGCAGGCUCCCCUGCCCAUGGGCUGAGCCUGAAUUUCAGUGGGAUGUGUGCCAUGCACAAAAGCACCAGCACGGAGGACAAUCUGAAGCAGACCCUUCGGCUGAGCCUUCCCAAUGUAGGGCAGCAGCUGGCCCAGCCAGCCACAACCCCCUCCACUGCUGGUACUUGGGGAAUGCACGUGGAAUCCCCAAGCACGCCUUCUACGGAGAACCCCUGGUACUUCAGCACAGACUCAGCAACAGGCAGCAAAGGCAGUGGGAGUGGGACUCUCUUUGCCAGUGCCACCACCUACUCCUCGUUCAGCUGCAGCACAAUCCAGGCAAGCUGUGAGAUCAGAUUGAGGGACAAGCAACGAGGAGAGCAGCGAGAGGUGCGACACAGCUGGCACGAGGACACCAUGCCCGAGAAGCAGUUCAAAAGAAGGAGCUGCCAAAUGGAAUUUGAAGAAACCUUGUCAGAGAGCAGAUCUCGGGAAGACCUGGGCAAAAUUAGCAAACAGUCUAGCUUUUCGGGCAGCAUGGAGAUCAUAGAGGUGUCCUGAUUUUUCACUGUGUGAGAUUUGAGAGCAAGUGUGGGUGCAUCUGGGGAUGUGGGGCGGGGGGAAGGGAGGUAGGGAUGAGGAGAAAGAUUGGUGACAUAUUUAACUGAGGAGGGUGUGGGUAUGUGUUAGAGCCUUUUCUCAUGUGCCCGUGUGCAUUUCCAAAGGGCAUAUCCACUAAAACGAAGGCAAAAAGCUAAAGGAAUCUGAAGUCAAGAAACAUAAUGGUGCAUGCUUAGUGCCUCCUUUGGUUCCUACCUCCACCACCACCACCACGACAAACCACAAUCACAUUCCCUUUUUUGGGUAGGUGGAGAGUAUAUUAACUCUUUAAAUAUUGGGUUCUUUCCUUUUGCAUGCAAAGGGUGCUUUCUCUUCCCCUUCAGAGGGAACGGGGGAGAGCUGAUGCAUGUCUCCUACAAUGGGGUUGAAAGAGAAACCAGGGCGAAGUUGAAGCUUGGGAGGAGUGAUAGUUUUCUUGGAGGAAAAUGGUUGCUCUUUGAUCCACAGAUUAACAGGAAGAGUUAAAGGGAAGCAGGUUCUUUUCUUUGAAGAGUGUAUUACUCAUUAUAAUUAAUACAUUCCUAUCUAACGUAUAGGAAGUAAUUGAGAUUUUGCCUAUCCGUUUCCAUUACAGCAGGGGCAUUUCUAUUCCCAUCAGGGUUGUACAAUAUAUUGGUGUCUCUUUCCCAAAUUCAGGUGCAGAAACCCGGAGAGGCUUCUUUUCCGAGACUCCCCUCUUCCUAUACUGAGCAUGGGCCUUUGUGUUUCUCUGGCUAGUAUUCUUUAAAGCUGCUGUUCUGCAGUCCUAUACAUGUAUAAAUAUAUAUUAUAUAAUAUAAAAGAGAGAAAAAAAACACAAAGAAAAAAGUUUAAAGGUUUUACUACAGUUUUUAUUGAGACAAAUAAUUUUCAACUUUUCUUUCUAAUUUAUUUGAAGCUGUUCAUUCUGGCAAUGAUUUUCAGACAAUGUAGGGGCAGUUCUCCAGCUCCGUUUUUAUGUGUACGGUAUUUAAAUCUGAAACACAAGUUUCAAAGCAAUAUCUUAGACCUGUGGCUCCUUGCAUCAGUAGUGGAGGCACCCCCCAAAAAGAAAAAGAGGUGUGUGUGUGUGUGUAUGCAUGUGCACAUGUGCAUGGAUGUAUGGGUGUGUAUAUGGGCAUCUGCUUUUUAUUUUUUAAAAAAGUGAGAAAAUCUUUAACUCAAACUGAGCCAGGAAUUCUUCUUAAUGCUUCUUUAUUUCCUUGUUCUAUCACACCUGCAAUCAAAGCCAUAAAAUCUUCUCCUUCCUGGUCUGAGCAGGGGAUAAUAAGAGUUAUGACUAUAAGAGUAGGCUUAGCUAUAAGAAAAAGGGUACCUUGAGUAGGAAGGGGGAGCAGACUGCAUAGGAGCUAUAUAUUCAAUUAAAUAUGUGCAGUCUGUAAAGGGAGCACAUUAGAUCUGAACCCAGUGUUUGUGUGUGUGUGGGGGGGGGGUCUUUUCAGAAGGCCAGAGUAUUUAAUUCCCCAUUGACUUAGGAGAACUGGUGAGCUGUGCUCUUAAAUCCAAGGGCAGGCUAUUCCGAAUGGCUCCUCUUGUUCAAACAAUGUUAAACCCAGCAUCUGUGGAAGGCAAAUGGAGAUGGAAGAGAAUUUUGGAGAACUAAGACCAUGGAAAUGUUGAAUAAAUUAUGUUGUGGUACUAGAGUAAAAAUCUCAUAAAUAUCCUCAGGCCUACUUUAGGGAAGCUGCCAAGAGGCAGUGUCCUUUUUACUACUGCAAGAACCGACAUUUUAACUUCAAUUCUCCAUCCAAAAUCUCUGUUUCCUCUUAAGUACUCAUUCACCAUCAAUCAGGGAUUUCUCAGUGAAUGCAAAUCAGUCAGUGAGCGAACAGUCCAAAGACAAAAUUCACUUAGCAGGUCAUCAAAGUGAACAAGCCUUUCAAGAAAUGAAGUUCUAGAAAGGAUAAAGAAUAUUUUAGACGUAAUGUGAAGCUCUUGCCAGCCCAUUCCAAAUUCCAUUUUCAUCAUCUAUCUUCUAAGCCUCUAGAAUGUUAUUAAGAACUUCAGCUUGGCCAGAGAUUUUAUUUGUCUUGAGCUUAAGAGACUAAUGUCGAUGACCAGGACAAGAAAACUAGUUCUGAAGGUUUCAUCUAAAUAAGUCGCUAGGAAAUAAUUUGGAUUAAAGUUCUUUUGCAGGUAACACUUUUCUUCUUAUGGAGUAAAGGUUUCUCUGGCGCCUUUUAGAAAAUGUGCAUCUUAAAUCAGAAGAGGCCAUAGCCAGCUCAGGAUUUUUUUCACACCACGUGGAUAAUUGAACAUGUUCCCAGUUGUUAAACUAUACUAAUAAAAUGAAGAAUGUAAAUUAGAUCACUUCUUACUGGUAGAAAUCUGCUGCUCAAUCAACUUGAUAGUAGGGCUGGCCUUCGUUGAGGAAAAAAAAUGGUUUAACAUCACUGAACAAUAGGCAGAUUCACAUAUAUUUCUGAUGGAGAAGAUUGUUUGAGAAAUACUACAUGCAGCUGGGUUGUUAUUUUUUUAGAUUAUUUGUAAGCCACUGAUUGUGUAGAUGAGCUCAACCAAGCAGAGGGUUUCCACUUUAGUGUUUCACUUCCCUGGGAACCACUGGUGUGGAAGUUCUCCGUGGAAGUGGGCUGCUUUAACUUGGUAAAUGUUACAGUCCCAGUGUUGUAUGAAAUAUUUGUCGAAGGCCUCUAUCUUGGAGGGCCACGUUGUUUACAUUGCCUUGAACAGGUACAAAAUGGAACUUUAGGGCAAGCAAAUGAACACGCACGUCAAGGUAAUAUUGGCCACAAAUGUACGAUCCCAGUCAAAACACAAGAGUGGGAAGGAUGUUGCACAUUUUCAUUAUUGGCUAUUCUGGACGUAUUUUGUGGUGAAUAGCAAAGGAUUCAGUUCAUGACACAGAGGCACUCCAGGGGCUGCUCAUCUAUUUAAAGUAAAGGCACAGAACUGUCUCCCUGAAAGCACAUUUUCUUCUAUGUGUAUCUGAUUUUGCAUUUGCUCCUUUCGUAUCACGUGCUGGUUUUUUUUUUUUUUUUGAGCCAAUACCUCAGGGUUGUUUGUGUAGCUUUUAAAAGGAAAAAAAAUCUUUUUAGUGCAUUUCUUUUCCCAUUUCUUUUCUUGUUCAGCUGUAUUUUUUUUAAAAUACACAAGACAAAAAUAACAAUCUCAGGUUCAGACUUUGCAAACCACAGGGGAGCAGCAAUAACAUGUUCUUGCAUCAGGUUGUCUGUUUCCUGACCAUAGUAAUUGCUAUCUACUUUGCCAAGACACAAAGUAGAGAGAUCUUCAUUGUAUUUAUUUUACCACUGUCUGUUCAGAUUAGAUGCUGCAAGCUCAGAAGUGACUUAUGUGGACCUGCAUGCUAUUUUGCAAGUAAUAUGCAGAGGGGCAUGGGGCAGUGGGACUGGAGAGAUGCAAUUAGGUUCUCACACUGGCAGUUGAAUUUUCUUUUUUUAAAAAAAAAACAACUGUUGAAUUAUUAUGAUGAAAGCAAGGUGACAUCUUCUGCUGCAGGUUUCUUGGAGUCUGGGUUGGUACAGUAUUCACAGAUACUAAAAGAUCAAAAUCCUCACUUCACCUGUGAGCUUGUGAGCAUCAGAAGCCCAGAUGGAAAAUUCCUCUUUAGGAAUUCUUGAUCUUGUGAAUGUAUCAUUAAAGUAGAAUUAGCAUUAACCAGUCAUGUUUGAUGAACUGGAAUUAGAUGCUUCUGGAUUCUUCUCAUUGAUACUCAUUGAGAAGUAUUCUGUUCAACUCCUUUCUAAGAAAAAUAGUUUACACAUGGUCUUUAGCAAAUAUUAUUCCAAAUGCAGGGAAUAAAGUAAAUUCACUAGUUCAUAUUCCAUUAGUAGCAGUGCCGUAUCUCUAAAUUGUUUUAUAUUUGCUUCUUACUAUUCCCCCAUAAAGUUUAGUAGUUAGCUCCAUUUUAUCAUUGUAGAAACAUACAAAGGUGUCUGGUCUAAUGUGUUUAGAACAGGGUCUUCAAACUUGGCCCUUUUAUGACUUGUGGACUUCAACUCCCAGAAU